UUAUUUGUCAUACAUCUGACCGCCAGGACGCAUCGGCCAUGUUAAUCUCGGCACUGGAUGUCAUCAUCUGGCACGGCGUGGCUUCCGUGCUUGUUCCAGGCUUUGUCCUGUUCCACUUCACAAAGUUAAUGAAGGGCAUUUUCGGCGACAUUGACGGAAUGCCUGGGGUGGCCAAAGACUGGGGGGCAGUGGCGGUUAGCUUCGGCCUGUUGGCGUUCAUGUCUGUACCCCUAGACGGCCUGGCGAACACACUUCUGGACUCGACCAUCAGAACAGCAGAGUGAUGAGGACAGAAAAUCUUAGCAGAAUCUCCUCGACAAAAAAAACUUAUUUUGUGAUCACACCGAAAUAUGCACAUACGCUACUUCUCCGUCGGGGGUUGUUAUGUACCGAUAUCGGUACUAAAUACAUACAUUCGUACUUUUAAGAAUAUAAGAAAGUAGGCUACUGCUAAAAGAAAGUCUCCCUCUCGCACACUUUCACGCCCCGACCCCACCCCCUUUUUAAUGGGGUUGAAUUAACAGCAUCUAAACUUAGAAGAUACAUUAUUACCGACUCUUCGAAUUCUCGUGCUCAUAGUUUCUUGUAGUUUUCUCAAAAACUAAUAUUAACUACAAUGGUUAUAGUUUCGCACUAGGGAACUAAAAGUUCAAGAAGAGCAGUCAAAACAUUAGAAUCUGGUCAAUAUAAAUUUGAUUCACUUUCGAAACUGAAAA